UCAGUGCCAAGUGUGGAAUUGAAACUACAAAGUGCAAAGUGUGUUGUUGUUGUUGUGUAAUGUAAACAAAAAAUAACCACCACUAAGAAGUGUCAAAGAUUCAAGAAACUGAGCUAAAUUUGGAGGCUAGUAUUUGUUCGUUGCUUGGUUCGCGGUUUCACUGUUACUCCCUUUUUCCUUUCUUUCUUCAAUUCCCACCGUGCGCACUGCACGUUGCCUCAUUGCCUCGCCCAGCAACUGUUCGACGAAAUGCCUGAACCAUGCAUUCGCUCACCGCACGCUCUCCUUCAAUGCUCAUCCCCCAUUUGACUCCUUCUCUCGUUCCCCCGCACUUCGCCUCAUUCAGAAGGGUGGAGAGGUUCGCGGCGUUAUGCGAACCUGGUUCGGUUCUGUGGCGCGAGGGUCCCUUCAGGAAUGGGAGUGUUGGGAGUGUCAGUGUCUACAAGGGUUUGUGCUCCGUGUGGCGGUGCAAGGGUAGGGACGGGAGUGGUGAGGGCGAGGCGUUCUCUUCUCUGGAGGCGGAGAUUUUGGAGUUCAUGCAGAAAUCGGAGAACCCAGGUGCGUUUCCCACUAAGAAUGAGCUUGUUGCAGCUGGGAGAGUGGAUUUGGUUGAAGCCAUUGUUGAAGAAGGAGGCUGGCUCGCGUAUGGGUGGGAUUUGAAUGAUGGGUUUCUUGAGAGUCACGAUCUUGAAGAUGGAAGUGGCAGUGAAAUUGAAUAUAAUGCAACUUGGGCUUCUGGGGUUGCUUCUACCUCUUCUACUUCUUCUUCAGCUAACUCUUCUCAACCAGCUAAAUCAGUGGAAUUCGAAGCUGAGGAGUCUGGAAUUGAGGGAAUAUUGAAUCGGCUGGAGAAAUACAGGAGCAAUUCUUUUGGAAGUGGCUUCAGAGGGAAAGAAGAUAGUACUUCUUCUGAAAACAAUGAAGAUAGAGAUGAAUGGGAUCAUAGAACCCCAACCAAUGCUGUCAAACUUGAUCAGCACAAAUCUCAAUUAGGUACUGAUAGUUUCAGAAACUCACUUAAGCCAGAGAUGUGGAAGAGUUGGGUUAUUCAGAGGAAUGGUUCUCAGGAUGCAGAUUUUGAAGAUGCUGAAAUUGUUCCGAGUGAAGCUCCGAAAGGUGUGAGUAAUGUUUCAGGAAGACCUGAUAUCCUCAAAACAAACAAGUUUUCUUCUGAGCUUAGAAGCAGAGAAACAGGAUGGGAUUCUGUUGAUGGAAUCCGAAAUGCAAAUCACAUUGACAUCAAAUCUCGUCUCCAGCAUCUGGAAUCAGAGUUAUCCUCUGCACUUCACGUGAUGAGGUCUAUCACUCCUAAAGCUUCAAUGGACUUGGAGCAGAAGAGUUCUUCAGAUGAUCUUGCAAAGCUUUCAGAUGCUUUGGAAUUCCGGGAAAAUGAGAUCAUGCAUGCUCAGGACACACUGCGUUCAUUACGUGCUAAGUUGUCCGUGUUGGAAGGAAAGAUGGCAAUGAAAAAAAUGGAUGCACAAAAGGCAGCGGAAGAGAAGCAGAAGAAGAUUAAGAAUGCCAACAAAGCUGUGAAUCUUCUGAAGAGUGUUGAUAUAGUUUGGCCUAAACCUGCUUCAGAAGUAUUUUUAGUAGGAUCAUUUGAUGGUUGGUCCUUCAAGAGAAAGAUGGAGAGGUCAGUCACUGGUGUAUUCACUUUGGCCUUGUAUCUGUAUCCUGGAACAUAUGAGAUCAAGUUCAUUGUUGACGGUGAAUGGCAAAUUGAUCCUUUACUUCCUAUUGUUAACAACAAUGGCCAUGAGAAUAAUGUUCUAACCGUUCGUGAUUGGAGGAGAGCGUGACGUCAGACAGUAUCCGUAGAACACAAUAGGAUGACUCAUGUGCAUUAGGUUAGGUUAGUCACCCAAUUUUUUUCGUAUCCAUUUUUUUCACUAUUGUACAAAAUACAGUGAGUUCAUUGAUUCUUUUACUUAGUCCUUGUAAACUUUUAGAUGUAGAUAUAUUGACUGAUUGCAAACUUAUCCCACUCAGUCAUGUUAAUACAUUCAUGUAAUAUGUGUAAAAAUGGUGAUACGCCGUAUCAAAUGAUGCAAGUCCCCCAUAUUCACAAGUUUCAACAUUCUUACUUUCUUA